UCUCUCUUACUCGUGUUUGAAGGGGAGGGUGAGUGAGUGUGUGUUUUCUUUUCUUUCUGUUUUUCUGUUUUCCCGGGUUGGGAUCCUCUGCGAUUCAAAUGUGAUGGGAAGUAGAAGUAAUGGACUCUGCAACUUCUUUUCUUGCUUCAAAGCAGCGAACCGGACCCCUAACGAACCGCAACUCAUCUUCGACGACUCUCAGCCAUUGGAUGAAACCCUAGGUCACUCAUUCUGCUACGUCAGAUCUUCGGCUCGUUUUCUUUCACCCACUAACUCCGAUCGCUUUCUCUCUCCUUCUAAUUCACUCCGUUCUUCUCCCUCCCACGAGCUCCUCCCCAGGACCCGACCCGAUUUCCCCGAAACCGCAUUCAAGGCCAUUUCCGGAGCAUCCGUCAGUGCCAACAGCUCCGCCCCGAAAACCGUUCUCCGUUUAGAUAAUAACACCCACGACGAUGCCGCUUCCGGGGGUAAUAUUGUAAAUGGCUUCAAAAGUACGUCGUCGUUUAGUGCUCUCCCGCUUCAGCCUGUUCCCAGAGGAGGAGGAGGAGGUGAAGCUGAAUCAUUGGACAGCGAGAGGAGGGGUUUCUUCCUCUCCGGUCCAAUUGAGAACGCCGCCGGCACCCUCUCCGGUCCUCUCGACGACGGCGCCUCCGUUGACGCCGCCGCCGGUGGGGUACCUUUCUCGGCUCCCCUGGGUGGGCUGUAUGUUAAGAAGGAGCGGAGGAAUGGUGUUGGCAGGUUCCGGAAGGCGUUCCAGCGGAACCUUUCGGAGAAGAAGCGGCCGUGGGUGGUGCCGGUGUUGAAUUUCAUUGGGAGGAAGGAGGCUCCGGCGAGGGAAGGGACGACGGAGGCGAAGAGGGAGAGAGAGAGUAAUGUGCAGUGGGCGCUCGGAAAGGCAGGGGAGGAUCGAGUGCAUGUGGUUGUAUCGGAAGAGCAGGGUUGGUUGUUUGUGGGGAUUUACGACGGCUUCAAUGGCCCUGAGGCGCCGGAGUUUCUGAUGGGUUAUCUUUACCGUGCUGUUUACAGUGAGCUACAGGGUUUGUUUUGGGAAGUUGAAGAGGCGCAGGAAACUAACCCUGCACCUGCACCUGCAGUGCUUGCUGUUGCGGAUGAAACUGAACCCAAAAAUGAAGGGGGGGUUGAACGAGAACAAGACUCCAACCCUCUUCCGGGAUCCGCCAAGAGAGUAACGUUUCAGGUAGAGGGAACUGGGAGUAACCGGCGUAGGCUAUGGGAGUUUCUUGCGGAAGAUGAUGCUGAAGAUGGGCUUGAUCUUUCAGGGUCAGAUAGAUUUGCAUUCUCCGUUGAUGAUGCACUCAGCGUUAGCAAGGAGGGGUCAGCAGGUAGUAGACGGUGGCUCCUGAUGUCAAAGUUGAAGCAUGGAUUAUCAAAGCAUAAGGAGGGUCAUGGAAGAAAGUUGUUACCUUGGAACUUGGGCACAGAGGAUAAGGAGAAGGCUGAGGUGGAAAAUCCGGCAGAGAAGUCCCGUGGUGGUGAUAGUGGUAGGAAGCGGAAAGUGGGUCCUGUGGAUCAUGAUUUGGUUUUGAGGGCAUUGUCUCGGGCACUUGAGAUGACUGAACUUGCAUAUUUAGAUAUGACGGACAAGGUUAUUGAUACGAACCCUGAGCUUGCUUUAAUGGGAUCAUGCCUCUUAGUUGUUUUAAUGAGGGAUGAGGAUGUUUAUGUUAUGAAUGUGGGAGAUAGCAGGGCCAUUGUGGCACGUUAUGAGUCCAGAGAGGUUAAUUCUAGUAAGGAAUCCGGAAGCAAUGGAGAUAUUGGGUCAAGCAAGGAGAGUAUAGUUGAGGAGUCUUUAUCUCUGGGUGAAAGUGCUAUCAAGUUGGGGAAUGAGGGUCCUGCUCAAGAAACGAGGUUGGUGGCAUUGCAGCUAUCCACUGACCACAGCACGAGCAUUGAAGAGGAAGUCAUUAGGAUUAAGAAUGAACACCCUGAUGAUAGCCAAUGUAUUGUAAAUGAUAGAGUGAAAGGCCGUCUUAAGGUCACCAGAGCAUUUGGCGCUGGAUUUUUGAAACAGCCGAAGUGGAAUGAUGUAGUACUAGAAAUGUUUCGUAAUGAAUAUAUUGGCACUGCUCCUUAUAUAUCCUGCUGCCCUUCACUACGUCACCAUAGAUUGAGCACGAGAGAUCAGUUCUUGAUCCUCUCAUCUGAUGGGUUAUAUCAAUAUCUAAGCAAUCAAGAAGUGGUUUCUCAAGUUGAGAGCUUCAUGGAAAAGUUUCCGGAUGGAGAUCCUGCCCAAAGUUUAAUAGAGGAGCUGCUCCUCCGUGCAGCCAAAAAAGCUGGAAUGGAUUUGCACGAGUUGUUGGAUAUCCCUCAAGGAGAUCGGAGGAAGUACCAUGAUGAUGUUACUGUUAUGGUGAUAUCACUCGAAGGAAGAAUCUGGAAAUCGUCAGGGACGUAUCUCUGAGACCUUGCUCAACUCGCUGUUGGCUGUUUUUUUGUGAUCAUAUUAUCUCAUUAGGAGAAUUCAAUGAACCAUGUAAAGCCUUUUUAAAACCUUUUUUUUUUAGUUCCUGUAGCAGUCUCUCUCUUUUCCCCUUUCUUCCCCCGGUUUAUAGAGAUGAAAAAUGAUAGGAAUUUUGCGUAGCGGAGGCUCUUUCUAAAUUUUUUUUUCACUUUUUUUGUUCUUUCUCUGGCUGAGCCAAGAGAAUUUGGGUGUAUAUUGGUGGGGAUACAAAUGUACUGAUUGAACUCGAGCAGCCACUACUUAGAAAAGAACAUGAGGGUGGAUUUCCACCAU